AUUGUUACUCAAUAUAAUUGCUCUUGGUAUUCUUAUUUAAAUGUUAUUUCUUAAUAAUAAUUGGUCCAGGGUCAUGGAUAUUUGAUUUUAGACAUCUACGCCGCCGAAUUGACACGACUCACCUCUGACCAGUGACCAGCCCCAGGUAAAAUGGGCAAAUCAUCCAAAGAUAAGCGUGACAUAUACUACCGGCUGGCCAAGGAACAGGGCUGGCGAGCUCGGAGCGCGUUCAAGCUGAUCCAAAUCAACAGCCAGUUCAAGGUGCUUGAUGGUGUCAAGCGGGUUGUGGACCUGUGCGCGGCCCCAGGAAGCUGGAGCCAGGUGCUGAGCAAGGCGCUGUACUCCGACAGCGACGACAAGGAUGAUGUGAAGAUCGUCGCGGUCGACCUGCAGUCGAUGGCCCCGCUUCCCGGUGUCGUGCAGCUGAAGGGUGACAUUACCAAGGAGAGCACCGCCAACGAGAUACUCGCUCAGUUUGAUGGUGGCCGGUUGGUGGACCUGGUCGUGUUCGACGGCGCGCCGGAUGUCACUGGGCUGCAUGAUCUAGAUGAGUAUGUGCAGGCGCAGCUGCUGCUGGCUGCCUUAAACAUUACCACUUACCUGCUCAAGCCUGGUGGCACGUUCAUCGGCAAAAUAUUCCGCGGCAAGGACUCGUCCCUGCUCAUCUCUCAGCUCGAGAUAUUUUUCGGUGAUGUAGUCGUUGCCAAACCUUGCAGCUCGCGCAACUCAAGUAUCGAGUCAUUUGUCGUAUGCCGAGAUUUCUGGCUGCCCGACGGCUACACACCCACCAUGGCCAACCCUCUGAUGACCAACGACUCGCGGUCCUGGGACGAGAUGGAUGUGCAUAGAGUCAUAACUCCGUUCGUGGCUUGUGGAAGUUUAAGCGGCUUUGACGCUGACAAGACCUACCCUUUAGAAAUUGACGGCCUACAAUACACUCAGAGAAAUCCCGUACAGGGGCCGAUUGCACCACCGUAUGAGAAAUCAAAGCCAUUGAUAACUACAAAAGGCAUGAGUAUUGUCCAAACACCUAUUGACCAAGGUGUCACCUCUACUGAACAACCAUUGGACUGAUUUUUAUGUCACCGUAAAAUUAUAUUUUCUAUAUUAAAUCUUUUUUGAUUUGUAACGUAUCUAAUAAUACAUUUUUACCUACGAUAUUAUUUUUGUAUUCAUUUCUAUUUUCUACAACCUGUAAUAAAAACAUACAAGUAAAUUA